GUGGCAUUAUGGUCUCUCCGAUUAACGCAGAACGCACACCAGAAUUGAAUUCAAUCGAAUCGAAUCAUUCAUUUAUAACCAUUUUCUCUUUCUCUAGGGUUUCGUUUCUUCUGCGCUUACUUUGUUCAUUUCGUCUCUGAAUCCAUCCAGCUUUCAGCUUCUUGGUGACCUCUCCGACUUCUAAAUGGACGUGGCACUCACUGCUGUCCGCUCACCGGCGGUAGUCCUCGGAAGACCGAUCAGCGCCUCCGCCUCUGCACGCCUCAGUUCCACUUCUAGGUUUUCCAGAAAGCUUUGCUUCACUUCACUUUCUAUCCCCAAGCAAGGUCGUAGAAGAGGUUUUGUAGUUAGAGCAGCUUCGUCAUUUCCCGAGUCAUUUGAAUCGGAUGCCCAUGCCAAGAUUGCUCCUCUUCAGUUGGAGUCUCCGAUUGGGCAGUUUCUUUCUCAGAUUUUGGUAGAUCACCCGCAUCUUGUGCCUGCUGCCGUGGACCAGCAGCUUGAGCAGCUCCAAACUGACCGGGAUGCUGAUCAACAAAAGGAAGAACCUUCUGCUUCAGGCACGGAUUUGAUUUUGUACAGGAGGAUUGCCGAGGUGAAGGCUAAUGAGAGGAGGAAAGCACUCGAGGAGAUCUUGUACGCAUUGGUGGUGCAGAAGUUCAUUGAUGCUAAUAUUUCUUUGACACCAUCUGUAACCCCAGAUCUGUCUGGUAAGAUUGAUUUCUGGCCAGAUGAGGAUGGUAAACAUGUGAAGCUUCACUCACGUGAAGCGUACGAAAUGAUCCAAAACCACCUGACCCUCAUUAUGGGUAACAAAGUAGGAGAUAUAGCAUCCAUAGCUGAAAUCAGCAAAUUCAGGGUAGGGCAGGUCUAUGCAGCAUCAGUGAUGUAUGGUUAUUUUCUUAAGCGAGUUGAUCAAAGGUUCCAGCUGGAGAAGACAAUGAAAGUUCUUCUAAAUGAAACGGAAGAAGAGAAUAGCGUUCAACAAACUACGAUGGAUAAUGCGAGACCCGGUAUUGAAGUAGACACUUCUAGAGGGAUGUCUCAUCCUGAAGUAUCCACUUGGCCUGGUGGUGACGUGAGUGCUGGUGGAUUUGGCUAUGGUAUAAAGGCAACCAAAUUGCGCAACUAUGUGAUGUCCCUUGAUGGAGAUACCCUGCAAAGAUAUGCAACAAUUAGAUCCAAAGAGGCUAUCAGCAUCAUUGAGAAGCACACAGAGGCACUGUUUGGAAGACCUGAAAUUGUUGUAACACCCGAGGGGUCAGUCUCUAAGGAUGAAAACGUGAAAAUUAGCUUUGGUGGUUUAAAGAAACUUGUUUUAGAGGCUGUGACUUUUGGUUCUUUUCUCUGGGAUGUCGAGAGCUACGUGGACUCAAGGUACCAUUUUGUCUUGAACUGAGGAAAGCUUUGUAGGUGUAUACUCCUCAGAGCCCAACAGGUUGAGCCUUGUGUGCAUUGGGGAAAGCUUUGUCCUUAUGAGUUCUGUUUUCUCCCAUACAAUACAAAACACAGAUUACAGUGUGUCGGUACUAACUGAUGAAGUAUAUUUUAAAUGUGAUUCGAGGUUAAAGUCCAAUUAUUGUUUCUCUAAUUCAUCUGUAUAUACUGUACUAUAGUGACAGUGGCUCUGGAUCUCAUUAAUAAAGGCAAAGGUUAUCUUCAAGGUAUAUUUUGCUUAUUUAUCCUAAGCCUGUGAUUGGCUUAUUGUAUGAUAGUUUGUUGUUAUUUGCUGUCUUGGUUA